CCCGAAGACAUGAUCACCCUCUUUGUGCAAAUCUUCCUCCUGUUAGCCGCAGCUUACGGCUUCUAUCCGCCGGAAAAAUUGUUUCUACCAGCAUCUUUCAAUGCCAGGCCCCGCCUGGGUGGCUACGAGAACAGACCCCAAUAUUGGGACCUUGAUGCAGAUCCAGAUCGUCCAGACCCAAUUUUAUUGAAACUUGAAAUAGGGUCUUCUUCCGUCAAGAUCUAUUACCUACCUCCCAAAUCUUCACACCACAAAAUUGUUUGCGUGUGUUACCACGGACAUUUGAGAGCCGUCGGCGCUCUAUAUAACGAAUUUUGGUCUAUGCUUGGGGAUGUUCCUAAGUUUAUAGUCAAUCUUCCGGGAUAUGGCACCAUCGACGAGGAUCGCUCUCCGCCCUGGUCGACAUCCGAAGCGGGAACGUUCGAAAAACACCUAGAAGCCAUACCAGCCGCUAUUCAAGAGCGUAUCAUCGGCCAGAAUGAGAUCGAUUGGACUCAAUUUGAGCCUCGCACAGUACGAAACAAUAAUGGAAGACUGGAGGCAGAACCUCUCGAUCCAAAUGCAAUGAACAAAUUGCCCAAGACAUUCAAAGACCACAAGCCCGUUGCCUUUGGGAGGUCGAUCGGCACAUUACUUGCAACGAAGCAUGAGGAGACUUGGGCUGUUUGUCUAUAUACGCCUUAUCUGGGUCGAAAGAAAGUGACUGGCCCAAAGUUUUUACGUUGGGCCAUCAAACGGGUGCUAGAGCGACUCCCAUUUGGGGAAAGCAGUUUCGAUUUUAAUAAAAUCAAAGACCAUCAAUCCUUGGUCAUCGUUGCUGAUGGUGAGGAUUUGGUCGGCGAGCUUGACCCGGAGGUGCAGGAGCACUUGAACAGCAAAAAGAGUCUCUAUAUUAUCAAGGGCAACCAUAGCACCCUACCAGAUGAGGGCUGCGGAAACCGGGUCAGAGAGUUUAUUGACAAAUUGGGCAAGGAGUAGAUUGCUAAAGGCCCCCAACAAGGAGAAGGUAUUGGAGCCGGUAUGUACAGAAGCAAUAUGGGAUGCCGCUUGAUAUGCGGAUACAUCAGUGUUUUCGUCUGCCUGGAGUGAGGAUCUCGUUCGCUGGAGAACGCACUGGCUAGGCUGCCAUCUGAGCCUUCCUUGGAGGCGCUCAGGGUUUUGGCCGAAGUUUGAAGUGAUCUGACACUGUGAUGUUUUCAGCCCUGCCAGAAAGAAUCAAAAGGGAGUGCCCACUCAACAUAGGAUAGUUACGGUGGUUUAAAAGGACAUUAAUACUGGCCCCAGCUGCUCGGAAUUCAGCGCAGCUAGCGU